UUUGAUGAUGUGCAUGUGAACUUUACUGAGGAAGAGUGGAAUCUGCUGGAUCCAUCCCAGAAGAAUCUCUACAAAGAUGUGAUGUUGGAAACCUACCUGAACCUCGAAGCUAUAGGCUAUAAUCGGGAAGAACAUCACCUUGAAAAACAGUGUCAAUGUAGUGGAAGUCAUGAAAGGCAUGUAAGAAGUCAUAGUGGAGAGAAACCCUCUGAUUGUAAUCAAUGUGGUAAAGCCUUUGCAAGCCCCAGUGAUCUCCAAAGACAUAAAAAGACACAUACUAGAGAGAAACCUUAUGAAUGUAAUCAAUGUGGUAAAGCCUUUGGAACACCCAGUCAUCUACAAUAUCAUAAAAGGACACAUACUGGAGAGAAACCUUAUGAAUGUAAUCAAUGUGGUAAAGCCUUUGCACAUAACGGUCAUCUCCGAAGACAUAAAAUGACACAUACUGGAGAGAAACCUUAUGAAUGUAAUCAAUGUGGUAAAGCCUUUGCACAGCGCAGUAAUUUCCAAUAUCAUAAAAGAACACAUACUGGAGAGAAGCCUUAUGAAUGUAAUCAAUGUGGGAAAGCCUUUGCAGGUCACAAACAUCUCCAAAUACAUAAGAAAAUACAUACUGGAGAGAAACCCUAUGAAUGUAAUCAAUGUGGUAAAGCCUUUGCGCAGCACAAUACUUUCCAAUAUCAUAAAAGAACACAUACUGGAGAGAAGCCUUAUGAAUGUAAUCAAUGUGGCAAAGCCUUUGCAGGUCACAGUGUUCUCCAAAGACAUAAAAGAACACAUACUGGAGAGAAACCUUAUGAAUGUAAUCAAUGUAGUAAAGCCUUUGCACAGCACAGUACCUUCCAAUAUCAUAAAAGAACACAUACUGGAGAAAAACCUUAUGAAUGCGUUCAAUGUGGUAAAGCCUUUGCAAGACCCAGUGAUCUCCUAUAUCAUAAAAGAACACAUACUGGAGAGAAACCUUAUGAAUGCAAUCAAUGUGGUAAAGCCUUUACACAGCGCAGUAAUCUCCAAUAUCAUAAAAGAACACAUACUGGAGAGAAACGUCAUAAAAGAACACAUAGUGGAGAGAAACCUUAUAAAUGUAGUAAAUGUGGUAAAGCCUUUGCAAGACUGAGUUAUCUCCAAUCUCAUAAAAUAAUACAUAUCGGAGAGAAACUUUACAAAUGUAGUCAAUGUGGAAAAUCCUUUGCAAAGCACAGUACUUUACAAUAUCAUAAAAGGACACAUAUUGGUGAGAAACCUUAUGAAUGCUAUGAAUGUGGUAAAGCUUUUGCCUUUGCAACACUGAGUAAUCUCCAAUGUCAUAAAAGAGUUCAUACUGGAGAGAAACCUUAUAAAUGUAGUCAAUGUGAUAAAGCCUUUGCACAGCACAGUACUUUCCAAUAUCAUAAAAGAACACAUACUGGAGAGAAACCUUAUAAAUGCAAUCAAUGUGGUAAAGCAUUUUCAUAUCACAGUGAUCUCAAAAGACAUAAAAGAACACAUACUGGAGAGAAACCUUAUGAAUGUAAUCAAUGUGGUAAAGCAUUUUCAUAUCGCAGUGAUCUCAAAAGACAUAAAAGAACACAUACUGGAGAGAAACCUUAUGAAUGUAAUCAAUGUGGUAAAGCAUUUUCAUAUCACAGUGAUCUCAAAAGACAUAAAAUGACACAUAACAGACAAAAACCUUAUUAA